AAAAGUUCCACGCAGCACAAACACGAAGGCACGCUUCAUCCGACCGCGUUUCCGGGUUGCGUCUUUAUCUGCUUUUCGGAUUCUGACGUCGCCAUGGUGACACUUGACAGCUACGGGCUGUAAGUUCCCACGGUAGUAUCCGACAGUGAACACACGCACGCACACGCGGAGGGAUCCGUCGCGCGCGAGCACCUGAGUGAUUACAUCCGUGUGUAUGUGACAGUGUCCAAUUGUGAGCUCAGCCUCCACAAAGACUCAAACACACCGGACACGGACGUAUUUCUCUCGCUUGUUUUUUUUUUGGUUUUGUUUCUUAAAGUCAAAAUGGAAGCAAAAAGAGCGUUUGGAAGUCGUUUCCAGUCGCCGAGGUGUCUGGCGGCGGCGGCGCCCGCUGGGAAGUCCAAGUUAACCCACCCGGGAAAGGCGAUCCUUGCAGGUGGUAUUGCUGGUGGCAUCGAGAUUUGCAUCACCUUCCCCACCGAGUAUGUAAAGACCCAAUUACAGCUGGAUGAAAAAGCCAACCCGCCAAAAUACAGAGGGAUAGGUGACUGCGUGAAGCAGACAGUUCAGAGUCACGGCGUCAAGGGACUCUACAGAGGACUCAGCUCACUGCUGUAUGGAUCAAUUCCCAAAUCUGCCGUCAGGUUUGGAGUGUUUGAGUUCCUCAGUAACCAUGCAAAGGACGAGUCGGGUCGAUUGGACAGCACACGAGGUCUGCUGUGCGGUCUCGGUGCGGGUGUAAUGGAGGCCGUGUUAGUUGUUUGUCCCAUGGAAACUAUCAAGGUUAAAUUCAUCCACGACCAGACUUCAGCAAAACCCAAAUACAGAGGGUUCUACCAUGGAGUCCGAGAGAUUGUAAGGGCUCAAGGUUUGAGAGGGACUUACCAGGGUCUCACUGCCACCGUGCUCAAACAAGGCUCCAACCAGGCCAUUCGCUUUUAUGUAAUGACCUCGCUCAAGAACUGGUACAAAGGUGACGAUGCCAACAAAUCUAUCAAUCCAGUAGUGACUGGAGCUUUCGGAGCAAUUGCCGGAGCUGCCAGCGUGUUUGGAAACACUCCCCUAGAUGUAAUUAAGACAAGAAUGCAGGGCCUGGAAGCACAUAAGUAUAAGAGCACUCUGGACUGUGCGGUGAAGAUCCUGCGACACGAGGGGUUGGCAGCUUUCUACAAGGGGACCGUUCCUCGUCUGGGUCGUGUAUGUCUGGAUGUGGCCAUAGUGUUCAUCAUUUACGAGGAAGUGGUCAAGGUUCUGAACAAAGUUUGGAAGACGGCGUAAGCUGCGGGACGGCUGCUUACCCUGCUUUUCUUGCUGCUUUACGCUCACACAUCCAAUUUUGGUAGAUGUCUAGUCUUAGUAGAAAGCUAAGUGCUGAGAUUCAGGCUUGUUUACAUGAUCGCUUAGAACACAGAAAGCAAUUUGUUGGGUAUGUGCAGCUAAACGUUGAGUGAGUAUAAGAACAUGAACUGAAAUGGUUAAACGUUUAAUAGUUUAUACUUGGCUUUUAACGUUGAUGACAUUUGACAAAAGCCUGUAUCAGACAUUCAUUCAGAAAAAGUCCACUACAGUCGCAUCCAUAAACAAAGCCUUUAAAAGAAUGAUUUUUACCUUUUUGAAUACACUGUUUAUUUUUACACAUUUAUCCUUAUGUUUCCAUUAUAGUUUUAUUCAAAAAUACAGUAUAGAUAUUUUUUCCCUGUGUCAGAUGCCAAACCACAACAACAACAACAAAAGAGUCAUUUUCAAUGGUACCCGCUAUUUCGAAUAUUAUGAGGUAUUUAUUGAGAGUUGAAUGUUAUGUGUAUAUUCAAAGAAAAAAAUAAUGCUGUUGUGUCAUUGUAUUUUGCCUGAAGUUCCAGUAUGGAUUUAAAAGUGUUUUAUGAUGUCUAAAAUGUAUCUAGUAUAUAUAUGUAUGCAUAUAUAUCCAAUUGCUGUAUUUAAAAUGUAACUGUGAGAGCCAUCAUGAAGACCUCCAAGUGCUUUUCAUAUUUUCAUUAAAAAAAAAAAAAAAAAAAAAA